GAUAUGAGACAAAAAACUUGGACAUGGUGAUCACCCCUAGUGAUAAGGAGAUGGAAUGAUCUUGAUUAAGAAAGACCAGCAGUGGAAUUUCACUAAGCUGUGGCAGCCUGGUCAGAAUCUCAAGACACAAUCCAGAGGAAGGAGGCCUGUGUUGACGUGGCAAGCUAACUGUUGUUUGGUUAAGGUGCCAAACUGAUCAGCACAAUGAAGUUCUGGGCAGUACUUCUUUUGGGUGUCCUGGUUGCAGGAGCUUUGGCUCAGGAGGAUGAGCCAACUGAAGAGCAGAUGGAUGAGGCAGAUGAUAUCCUGGAGGCACUAGGAAAGGAUGAGGAGGUGGAAGAGGCAGAGGAGUCUGAGGAAGAGGAUGAGGAAGAAGGGAUUAUUGAAAAACAUCCCUGUUUCGACAAGAAGUGCAAGCGCGGGGAGGUGUGUGACCUUGAUGAGAACCUGAAGCCCAUCUGUGUCUGCGCCAAGAAGUGCCCCGAGCCAGAGGACCCUGGCCUGUCUGUCUGCUCAACUGCCAACAAGACUUACAUCUCCGAGUGCCACCUCUUCAAGCAGAAAUGUGACCUGAAGAGCAGUGAGGAUGGCAAGAGAGUGAAGAUCCAUCUGGACUACUAUGGCCCCUGUAAGCUGAUCGAGGAGUGUCUGGAGGAGGAGCUGGCUGAGUUCCCCCUGCGUAUGAGGGACUGGCUCAAGAACGUCCUGGUCCAGCGCAUGUCUCUGGAACUGCUGACAGACAAGGAGAUGUUCCAUGCCAAGAAGAUCUACGAGGACGAGCGCCGUCUGAAGAAGCGUGCCGAUGGCGGAGACUGGGAGGCUGAGAUCCUGCUGCGUGACUUCCGCAAGAACUACGCUCACUACGUCUACCCCAUCCACUGGAUGUUCUCCAAGCUGGACAUCCACCCCAAGGACAGGUAUCUGACCCACGCUGAGCUGGCCCCCCUGCGCGCCCCUCUGGUCCCCAUGGAGCACUGCACAACCACCUUCUUCAAGACAUGUGACGAUGACGGUGACAAGAGAAUCUCCCUGUACGAGUGGGGAGCUUGUCUGGAACUGAAGGAAGAGGACAUCAAGCAGUACCUGAUCGACUAAAUAUGUCCAGAGCAGUUACUGUACAAUUGAUAACAAGGGAAUAAAUUUGGUGCUACUGGUCUUUGUAACAAUCCAAAACUGAAAUGUAUGACUUCAUGUAGAUGUAUACUUUUAGUAGCAAAGUUCUAGACUUAGUAAUGUAUUUUCUCCUCUAUUUUUCCAUGUUAAACAAUGUGUAAUAACAGCAAAUAAUGCUUGAAAGCUGUAAAUGAUAUAUAUGAUAGCCUGCCACAACUUGGUAACCAUGUGAAAGAAUAUAAUGUCCAUGCCAUGUGCGCUGAUGUAAGCAGUACAUGUUUAUCAAUGGCAUUAUUAUUAUCUUGUGCUUGGGGGUAAGCUCUGGGUUUCUCUUCAGAUGAUAUAACUGCAUGUACUUAUUCCUGACAACCAGUCUCUUUCUCUUUACUCUCUGUUUUUAAUAAAUUUGAGCAAAGUCAAUUUUAA